AUGUCUUUUGCGCCUAUGCUACUCUCGCUAGCCGUCAUGUCAAUGCUUAUCGAUUUGCCGACAAUGCAAAUCAUUGAACCUCGAGCUUACUUACUGCAACAGCGAGCAUCAUGUCGUGGUGGGAAGGUUUACGAAAUCGACAAUGUUCGGGAUAUCGCCCAAUGCAAAGAGGCGUGCCUCCAGUUCGAUUGUGCUGCAGUGAACUUGCUCCAACUGGGCGAAUUCAUGUUCAAAUGCGAAAUUCUCGAGAGCCUACAUGGAAUGGUUGAAGCUCGUGGAUCAGCAUGCUUUUUUGCUUCAGAUCUGAUGGAAGGCAUGGGAGGUUGGGGAGGCAUGAGACGCUUGGGACCCUUUGGAGGCAUGAGAGGCCUGGGACCCUACGGAGGCUACAGGGUCAUGAGAGGCUACUGGGGCAUGAGAGGCUACAGAGGCUUCGAAGGCAUGAGAGGUUAUUUCGGUACGUUCUGGUGA